CUUUGGGAGUAAGAAGGUAAACCUGAUCUACUCCAGGAGAUCCAGGAAAGGGACGUGGAGUAAGAAGCAGACCUACUGAUCCACUCCAGGAGAUCCAGGAAAGGGAGGUGGAGUAAGGUGGGAGGACAGGAAAGUAGAAGAGGGGGCCUAGGUAAGGAGAAGGAAAAAAAGGACUGGAGACUAAUGGCCUGAGGGAGCCGAGGCCACAAGCCUGGAAGUGGGUCGCUGUCCCAUCGGAGGUGCAGCCUCCUCUACCCUCAACGGGCGGCGGAACCCCAGGAACAGCCGCGAGCCACAACCAACGGCCCGAGAGCCGGCACGAGGGCGCUCCCGAAGUCGGCCGCCAGAGGGCGCGGCCGGAGCCGGCGCGGCGAAGCCCGAGGAGGGAGGAGGGGAGCCGGCGGAGAAGGGUCAGCCGCGGCGGCAGGGGCGGCAGCGGCGCAGCUCUGCUCCCCGCGCGUCUCCCGUCCCCGCGCCCCAGUAGGGCGCGCAGCUCCCGCCGCCGGGAUGCUGCCGCCCGCUCGCCGCGACCGCCGCCUCGCGUUCCCGGCACUGCUCUCGCUCCUCACCUGCUCCCUGGCUUUUGCUUUGGUUUCUGAAGAUACAAAGAAAGAGGUCAAGCAAUCUAAGAAUUUGGAGAAAAGUGGUGUCUCAAGGAAAAAUGACAUAGAUUUAAAAGGAAUUGUAUUUGUCAUCCAGAGUCAAAGUAAUUCUUUUCAUGCAAAGAGAGCAGAACAGUUAAAAAAAAGCAUCUUAAAGCAAGCAGCAAAUCUUACACAGGAACUCCCCAGAGUCCUUCUUCUUCAUCAGCUGUCUAAGCAAGAAGGUGCAUGGACCAUACUUCCAUUGUUACCACACUUUUCUGUAACAUAUAGCAGAAAUUCAUCGUGGAUUUUCUUCUGUGAAGAGGAGACAAGAAUACAAAUUCCAGAACUCUUAGAAACACUCAGAAGAUAUGACCCGUCAAAGGAAUGGUUUUUAGGAAAAGCAUUACAUGAUGAAGAAUCGACAAUAAUUCACCAUUAUGCCUUUUCUGAAAAUCCUACAAUUUUUAAAUAUCCAGACUUUGCUGCUGGCUGGGCCCUUAGUAUUCCACUUGUAAACAAGCUUACCAAGAGGUUAAAGAGUGAAUCCCUGAAAUCCGACUUUACGAUAGAUUUAAAACAUGAGAUUGCCCUCUACAUCUGGGACAAAGGCGAUGGGCCUCCCCUCACUCCAGUGCCUGAGUUCUGUACAGAUGCUGUGGACUCCUACUGUGCCACCACAUUCCAUUCUUUUCUACCACUCUGUGGAAAUCCAGUGAAGAAAGAGGAUAUAUUUUUUGCAGUAAAAACAUGCAAGAAAUUUCAUGGUGAUAGAAUCCCCAUUGUAAAGCAGACCUGGGCGGGCCAGGCAAGUGUCAUUGAAUACUACAGUGAUCACGCAGAAAGUUCCAUUCCUACAGUAGAUCUGGGGAUUCCCAAUACAGAUAGAGGUCAUUGUGGAAAGACAUUUGCCAUUUUGGAAAAAUUUCUGAAUCACAGCCAUGACGAAAUAGCAUGGUUGGUCAUUGUGGAUGAUGAUACAUUAAUAAGCAUCUCCAGGCUCCAGCACUUGCUUAGCUGUUAUGACUCCAGCGAACCAGUGUUUCUGGGAGAGCGGUACGGCUAUGGCCUGGGCACUGGCGGCUACAGCUACAUCACCGGAGGAGGAGGAAUGGUCUUCAGCAGAGAAGCAAUCAGGAGACUUCUCGCGAGUAAAUGUCGCUGCUACAGCAAUGAUGCCCCUGACGAUAUGGUCCUAGGAAUGUGCUUUAGUGGGUUGGGAAUCCCUGUGACACACAGCCCUCUCUUCCAUCAGGCUCGGCCCGUGGAUUAUCCCAGGGACUACCUUUCUCACCAAGUUCCCGUAUCCUUUCAUAAACACUGGAACAUCGAUCCAGUAAAAGUGUAUUUCACGUGGUUGGCACCCAGGGAGGAAGACAAAGCCAGGCAGGAGACAAAGAAAGGCCUUAAGGAAGAGUUAUAAAACAUGCCGGCCUGUGAGCACAGUUUGGGUCAGAGACAGAAUUGGAGACUGGCCUAGUCCUGCUGAGCUGUGAUCAUUACUGCUUCCGCGUGCCACACGGCAUUGGAAGCCUUCUGACUUUAGGUGGAAGUUACGUAUAUGGUAUUUUUUGAGGGGGGAGGAAGCAGAGUCAUAGGGAAAACAGAUUUUUUUUUUCUGGGAAAAAAAUCAUUUGCUUUUUGCAUUAUGCAGUUACUGUACUAUACCACGAUUACUCUGUAUUUUUCAAGCUGUGAUACAGCAGCUUUAUUACUGUCACAGAAAAAUAAAUGGUACCAGAAGUC